AUGGCAACAAAGGGCAUUGAAGUGAAUGAGCUGGCCCUCGAGAGUCCUGCUCAAAAGAGCCCUGUGUCUGAACAGGACCUUCACAGUAGCCCAGUGUUUUCUGAAAAGCACAUCCAGACACACACAGUCGACGGCAUCGAAUUAGAUACCCCUCCUACACCUCCACAGACGCAUCGCAAUGUACAGGGUCGGCCAGAGGUGUUCUCAUCCACAAUUGUGGAAAUACUCUGCAUCUUUCUUAUGGCUCUGGCUACCAUGCUGGAGUCCAUUUCCAUUGGGGCUCUUCUAGUAGCCCUUGAGGACGUGUCUGCUGCCUUCAAGGUCGAUGGAGGAGAGCUUUCCUGGACUCUGUCUGCUUUUUCCCUCGGUACCGGCUCGUCUCUUCUCAUUAUGGCAGGUAUCGCAGACGCUUUUGGACGUAAGAAGGUGCUUCUUGCAGGCUAUGGAGUGUUUGCUCUGACAUCUCUCAUUUCGGGGUUUGUCAGAAACGACAUAGCGUUUGAUGUUCUAAGAGGACUUCAGGGUCUGGCUACCGGUGCUGCUGUUCCUGCUGCUAUCGGUAUCCUUGGCUCUCUCUACCGAAAGCCCAGCCGACGAAAGAACUACGCCAUGGCCUGUUUUGCAGCAGGCGCACCUAUCGGGUUUGUUUGUGGACUUGUCAUUGGCGGAAUAUGUGCCGAGUUCAUUGGCUGGAGAGGUAUCCUCUUCUUUCUAGCCAUCAUCUACGCUAUUGCAUGUAUCGGAGUCUUCUUCGUGGUCCCUGCUGACGCGCCUCUGACUCUCAAAGAGGCUAAAGAAAAGAUGCUUGUACAGGAUUACGGAGGAGCGUUCCUCUGCCUCACAGGCUUCACUCUGUUUGUGUUUGCAAUGACACAGGCCGAUGCGGCUCCUGAAAAGUGGAACACGCCCUACAUCAUUGCUCUCAUCGUUCUUGGGGGCGUCUUCAUUGGGGUGUUCGUGGUGUACGAAUGUUACGUUCCAACCAACCCCAUCAUGCCUCCUCACAUCUGGAAAUGUGUAGGCUUCCCCAUUUGCAUGGCCUGCUCAGCUCUGGGAAUUUCCACCUUUCUGGGAACCAACCAAUUCUUCAUGACUAUGUACUUCCAGAAGGUCAAGGGCACAGGACCCAUUCUUACAACUGCUUACUUUGUUCCUAUGGCCAUUGCAGGGGUCUGUGUAAACAUAUUUGCAGCCAUGACUCUCCACAUCAUUCCAGGGCGCAUUCUCAUGAUCAUGGCGCAGUGUGGUUUCCUAGGGGCAUCUCUUCUCAUGGCCUUCACGAAGCCCACAACCAUCUUCUGGGCCCUCCCCUUUCCAGCAGAGAUUCUGUCAGUUCUUGGUGCCGAUCUGGUCUACAACGUGUCUACUCUUCUGACCAUCAAUUCAGUAGGUGAAGAGCUGCAGUCUAGAGCAGCCGGUAUCUUCAACACCAUCACCAUGCUGUCUGCUGCCGUGUCUCUCGGUGCCUCCAGUUCGAUUGUUUCCACCAAGAUCGUGGACGAGAAGACAGCGACCAAGCAGGAGUUCAAUGACGGGUACCACUACGCUUUCUGGUUCUCCGUUGCCUGUGCAGGGGCAGGUCUGAUUCUCAGUUUCUUCUUGAAGCUGGGUGUGACUGGAGGAGACGAGAAGCUUGAGGAUGAAGAGAGCGAGUAG